AUGCGCAAAAAGGGCAGCGGCUUCAUUGGGGGGAAGCUAAAUUUAAAAAUUAAAAAAAAGAAAAAAUCCGUGAAGCAGGAAGUACGUCACGAUGAAGUCAACCAUGUGGAUACCGCUACUCAAAAUGGCCAAGCAGGUCAUGUUAAGAUAAUCCCAUCGGAACAUGAUGGCAAGUUAAGUGGACCCGAAAAAGUAUUAAAAGGAACAGGAAGAGUUACAACAGAAAAAAAUACGGUCCAUGGAAUGAGAACAGAAUUUAUGACAGAAAUUAAAGAGGGUUAUGACAUCAUUUUGGAAAACCCAUCAACUUUUCGGAACGAACGAAGGACUGUGACAUCCGUGUUGAGCAACAAAACGUUAGUUGUCCAUGAGGACUUUACAACGGACAUAAGCACCACGUGUAGCUUUUACAUUAUCCCUGCUGGGAAGCGCAGUGCCCAAGACAGCGGCCAAUCGGGGGCACAUAUCGGCGUGGAGUACGCCAAGGUUUUUGAGCAGGCGCCUAAGCAGGAUCAAGUCGAGGUGCGGGAAAAGACGGGACUAUGGUCAUACAGAGUUGUGAAGAAAAAGGUCGAUGGGCGGCUAACCAACGAGGAGAAGCUCGACAUGCGCGUGAAAAGCGGUCGAGAUAAGUUCUGCUGGUAG